GACGCUGUGAUGAGGGCUGCCUACGAGUAAGAUUGUCAGUGCUUUCUGCUGGGUCCAGAAGCAUGUCGAGAUGGUAGCCAAUCAAGUCGCGCCUCCGGAUAAUCGGACACGACCAAGAAUAGCUGGCGCGAACGAUGGCGGCGCCGCUCUCGGUCUCGCUGAACGUCCUCGGCACGGGCUCUGACGGUACAGAAGGCUCGCUGGUCUUCAGCAUCACCAAGCAUGGCGUGUACAGUGAUGACGCCACGGUCGUCCGACGCUACAUGUUCAACUGCGGCGAAGGCACGCAGCGCUUGUGCGGCGAGACUGGCAUCAAGCUUGGCUCGCUCAACUCGAUGUUCCUGACGCGUCUCGAUCCCAUGAAUGCCGCGGGCAUCCCGGGCAUGAUCCUGGCGCUUGGCACGUGUGGCGCACCACGACUAGAUGUCGUCGGACCCCGGGGCACCCACCGAUACUUGACAUCGACCGCGUCGUUUGCGAAGCGGCAGUAUCCGUCGCUGCACUGCGCCGAGGUUGGCAGCAGCGAUGGCCCGACGGCCCCAUCCCACGUCGCGUUCAAAGAGCACACGCCGGAUACGCUCUUUGUGGAUGAUCCGUACGUGCGCGUCUUGCCGCUCGCCGCAUCGCUGGACCGUCUGCCGACUGCUAAGGGCACGUGCCGCCUCUGCCGCCACGCCCCGCCGCCACCCGCGCCCAAGCCAACCACAGCGCCAACUCCCAUUGCACGUGAUAUGCGCGUCUCGUCUGCCGAAACCAAGUUUCUCGAGUGGCUCACGGCCUUCUACGCCGCAAAGGACCCGUCCAAGGUCCCGUACAUCGCCGUGAUUGCCAACAAGUACAAGGGUCGCUACGACGAUCUGCGAUCGAUGCUCGAGGCCAAGUAUGGUGUCUUUGAGCUGCCCGCAUCCGAAAGCAGCAGCAGUAGCAGUGACGACGACGACGACGAAAGUACGGACAAGAACGAGGAAGAUGCAAAGACGGUAGCAUCCGACGACGAACAACCCGAGACGAUUGAAACGUGGCUGCGUGCAUUCUACUUGGUGCACAAUCCGGCCAUGAUUCCUCGCAUGGCGUCGGUCCUUCGAACGUACGAGGGCCGGGACGAGCACUUGAAGACCAUGCUACAGACAAAAUACGCAGCCAAACGUCCGGCGCCCGACACGAGCCACGAAUCCGAGUGCAAGAAGACCAAAACGACCGAGGCGGCACCGGAUCGCGCUGUGUUUGUGCCGCCUGCGCCAACCGAUGCCUCGCCGCCUGUCGACGACGUUCUUUUUUACAUUCUCGAGUUCAAGGGCGCGUUGCCGUCGGUCGUGUGGCUCGUCGACUUGCCGUCGGCGUCGUGGCUGCCGUUCCUUUCAUACCACUUUACCGCGUGCGCCGCGCACCGCCCGUCGCUUGUCGUGCACUUUACAAAGUCCUCGAUCGCCGUGCACCCGACAUAUACGCAGUGGGUCGAUGCGCACUCGGGCAGUGCGACGCGCCAUCUUCUGUUCGACGGCGCCGUCCUCUCUACGUACGACGCAGGUCGUCUAGGCUUUGCCUUUACCGCCUCGGCGCAGCACCGUCUCUCGCUAUUUGAGAAAGCGCCCGGCCUCUUCCCGCUGUCGCCUGCGUUUCGAUCAGUCGCCAACGCCGCGGAGACGCACUUGCAGCUCCGCGUCAAAGCGCCGUCGACGCCGGCGUCGUACAUCUUCACGGUCGCGCAACCUGGCAUGACAUACCUCCUCCGCGCCGCCAAGGCGCACCAAACCGUGGGGUUUUCGUAUGCGCCAAGCUCGUGGACGCUGCCAACGAGCGCGAUGGCCGUGCCGCCACCGCCGGCAGAUGGUCACACAAUCACAUUUCUCGGUACGGGCUCGGCCGCACCGUCCAAGCUGCGCAACAGCAGCGCCAUCUACCUCGAAUAUGCGCCGUACGCCGGCAUGCUCAUCGACUGCGGGGAAGGUACCUACGGGCAGCUGUGGCGGCAGUUUGGCACCGAAACGCGCGCCCGCAUCCGGGACCUCUCGUGCAUUUGGCUCUCGCACAAGCACGCCGACCACCACUGCGGGCUGGUUCGCGUUCUGUACGAGCGCAGCCUCUGCAACGCCCGUGCCCCGCUGCUCGUGAUCGCCCCCGAUGACAUUCUGCAGUACGUGACGCAGUGGCGGCAGGCGUGGGCGGCCCCCCACAAUGUGCACUUUGUGUCGAUCACUGCGUUCAACCAGCACGGCCACCCAUCCCGCCUCUCGUUUCUGCAACGCACGGGGUUCCGGGACCUCUAUAGCGUACCCGUCCAGCACUGCUACGACGCGUACGGGCUCAUUCUCGUGCUCGCAGACGGCACCAAACUCGUCUACUCGGGCGACACGCGCCCGUGCGCGCGCCUCGUCUCGCAAGGCAUGCACGCCGACGUGCUCAUCCACGAAGCCACAUUUGAAGAUGCGAUGCUGGACGAUGCGGUCAAGAAGAAGCACUCGACGGUCGGCGAAGCCAUCCAAGUUGGCCACGAUAUGCGCGCCCGCACGACGCUGCUCACACAUUUUAGCCAGCGGUACCCGUCACUGCCGCCGCGAGCGUCGUCGGGUGUCGACGCCGCCGUCGGGUUUGCGUUUGAUGGCAUGCGGGUGUCGUUGUCGCAGCGCGGCCUCGCCGACCUUGCCGCCUUUAUGCGGUCGCUCGCUCCAUAAGAGAGCGACGACGAAAAGUCAUCCAAGUCGGUGAAAGAUACCUUUAGUGGAUUUUUCUUAUGGCGUGCGACACCGCUGCACAAAGACACGGCGAGGGAUUAGGGGGAUUUCCCCUUGUCUAAUGCUACUAUGCAACGAAGUGACUGCGCAC